CUGUGCUGUUUUCAAAGGAUUGUGGCACCAACGGCACAAAGCCUCCCCCCCCACGUCAGCCCCCGUUGCGAGAGUGGAUAUCUGCUUUAGCACAGUGAAGGAGUCGGCGUGCCGUCGCUGCCAUGGACAAGCGCUGCACAGACUGCCGCGAACCCCGUGCUGCCCAGAGCCUUUGCACGCUCUGCAACAAGCGCCUGUGCUACCAGUGCACCAGCAUGCACCAGGACCACACCCUGGCCGGCCCCUCUGCAUCCCCCGGGCCCCCACUGCUGCCUGAGGCAGGCAGGAGGCGUGCUUACAUGGGCCCCGGCUGCUGGUCCACCAGCACCCUGCACUGUCACUACCACAGGCAGGAGCCGCUGGACCUCUUCUGCGAGACCUGUGACCUCCUGUCCUGCAGCAGCUGCCACCUCUUCACCCACAAAGACCACAGGCUGAUUCAUGUGGGAAAAGCUCUUCAGGAGCAGCACUGGCUCUUUGAGAACCUGAUGGCCCAAGUGGAGGACAAGCGGUUGGUGGUGGGGGACAUCGCCAAGCAGAUGGAAGCCAGGUUACAUUCCAUAAAGAACAUGCAGAGGAAAGCAGAGAAUCAGAUUAAAAUGGCGAAGAUGAUCAUGAUGAAUGAGCUCACCAAACGUGCCAACCUGUUAAUAGAGCAGUUGGAGAAGAUCUCCAGUGAGGUCCGGCAGAACCUCGAGAACCAGCUGCAGGGGGUGAUGGAACUGUGUGCCCAGCUGGGUCAGGCGCAGAACUUCAUAUGCUGGGCUACACUGCACAACAGGAGGAACCCGCUUCUGUUUAGCAAGGAACUGAUCACUUACCAGAUGCAGUGCUUGCUGGUGUCCCAGCUUUAUUCUGACCUGGCUCCCCCUGUGAAGAUCAAAUUCAACUGGGACGCCAGCUUCUGGACCAGGCAGAUUUCCACCUUAGGUCAGGUGACCACUGAGGGAGGAAGUGGUCCUCACUGUGAAGGUGGCGGCUGCCCGAGCGUCCUGAAGCCCCAGCCGAUCCCCUGCGCUGCUGCUCCGCUGUCCCUGUGCCGCAGUGCUUUGGAGCAGGGCUGCAGCUUCCGGCCCCAGCUGUGCUGCGCUCACUGUGCUACUCCCCCUAAGUCAGACAGACUCCACCCUGACCUGCUGAUAGGCCACACACGGGCUCCAGGCCUGGGCCAGGGGUCGCUGUGUCACCCCUUAAGCAGCUAUCCCGAGAAGAGUCUGCAGCGAGCUCAGCCAGUGCAACCAAAGUCCGUCUUGAAGCCCGUGACACGACUGGAGGAUAAACGGCCAGAACAAAACCUUCGUGGUCCCAAGUGCAUCCGGGCUGCCCAGUCGCUGCCAUCGCUGCACCAGGGCGACCAGCUGGCCGGGCACCUGGAUCCCCAUAGCGGUCUGGUGCCUGUCGCCCAUCCGCGGCCACUCCCUGCGCAGCCCUUUGCGCAGGCGCUGCUGCCCACUGUGGACGCCUACUACCUAGGCUUUAGCCACUCGCUGCCCAGGCAGCCAGCACCUGCGCAGUCGAGCCUUCCCAUCACGUUGCACUACUCCUCAGAGCCCAAUAGGUCUGCGCAGCUUUCCCCCGGUCCCGAAAGGCAGCAGGGGCGGCCAGCCGCCGUCUGGAGCAAGCUAGAACCGGCCCCCAAGCAGGUACAGCUGGCUGCAGACUGGAGCGGGUCGCUGCCGGAACGACGGGUCACACUCACAUGCGCGGAGCAUAGUUCAGCUGAUGCAGGCGAGCAGCAGCUGGCCGGGCAUUGCAGCAGGACGGAAGGCAGCACGCAGCAGCUGCCAGUGGCUGCAGGUCUGAGCCCAGCAGGCAUGGUCAACCACCAGAACCAGGCAGCCACCACUCAGGGCACCGCAGAUCCUGCCAACGCAGCCACCCCGCCGACCGCAGCUUGUGCAGGAACCAACCAGGACGUGCAGGGGAAGCAUGCGACUGCGCAGCUUCAGCAGAGGAAGGAGCAGGCAGCCUCCCCAGGGCCAGGGAGCAGCCCGGAGCGGCAGGGUAGACGGCAGCCAGCGGAGACAGAGCAGCGACGGCUUGACGGUGGUGAUCAGAGGAAAUCCACUCCUCCCAGGAUGUUGGAGCCAGACCACGAUCUUCCCAGAGCAUCGCUGCAGGGUGCAAGACCUGGAUCCCGAGGGGCCCCAGAGGAAUGGGCGGCGCCACUGAGCAGCCCUCCAGGGGGUGACUCUGCAGGGUCCACCCUCAGCUUAGCAACAGUCUCCAAGGAGCGGGGACAGGCCGCUCGCCAGGGUGACCGCAGUUCGCCACACGUGCAGAGCCCGCUGUCAAAUGCUGCGGUGAGCCUGAGCCGCAGCAACAGCGCAUCUCUACUCUGUGUAUCCCCUGUGACCGCUUGUAAGACAGAGCCAGAUAUUUGCCCUUAUGAAGAAAUUAAUUCUGGUGAUAAAGACAGUUCUUCUACGUCAAGGAAAGAGCCAUCAAGAAAGGGCCAAGCGGUGAUCAAGAUUCCAGGGAGCUCUAGAGUUCCAGUCGUACGUCUGGAACGACUGAAGAUACGAGUAAAGCCAGGGUUUUUAUCAAAGCCACCAGUAGAUGUAGAAAUCGGACCUGGUGCCGACCCAGCAUUGAAAAGAGAGCUCGCAACCACUGAAGAUCCACGGCAGAGUUUAUCCUCCAAGGAGCAGGCUGCUGUUCUUUGUUGGUCACCUUUGAACUCUGAGCCCUUUGAACAAAUAUCAGCUGACAUCCAACCAUCAUUCAGCCCUGAUGCUGAUGUGCAGUCCUCUGUCCGGCUGAGAUCAGAGGAGCUGCUGUCAGCCCUUACAAACAGCACUAGAGCCGAACCUGAAUCGGAUCCUGGUCCACCCGCUGAAUUGGACCAAAGAUCUGAGUCUGAACCAAGAUCUGAGUCGGAACCAAGAUCUGAGUCUGAACCAAGAUCUGAGUCGGAACCAAGAUCUGAGUCGGAACCAAGAUCUGAAUCUGAUCCGGCAUCAGAAUCUGAGCCAGAUUUGGAUUUAGAGUUAGAUGUGGAAUCUGAGGCAGAUUCAGAGUCAGAGCAACAGCCAGAAUCAGAUCCAGGUUUAGAAUCGGAUUCACCGCUUGAAUCAGAUUCUGACCUGGAAUCAGAACAGCAGCCAGAUUCAGAGAUAUCUGCGGAAUCGGAGCCAGAAUUUGAAUCGCACCUGGAAUCAGAUCAGGACUCGAAUUCAGAUGGCGAUCAUAUAACAGAGAUAAUUGCAGAGUCAGAUCCGGAUCCAGGAGGCCUGUGUGUGCACGGUGCUAGUCCCCACAAACUGGCUGAAGCUGUGCUGUUGGAGAGCGACCAUCGCGAGGAAACUGUAGAGAUGGAGAACGAGGACUUUUGUGCCGUGUGUCUGAACGGGGGUGACCUGCUCUGCUGUGACCGCUGUCCCAAGGUGUUCCACCUCUCCUGCCACAUCCCACCUCUCCUCAGCUUCCCCAUGGGGGACUGGGUGUGCACGCUAUGCCGGGACAUCCAGGAGCCGGAGAUGGAGUAUGACUGUGAGAACAUACGCCACGCCGCACAGAAUGCUGGGAAGGCCAUGCUGUACGGCCUGUCCCCCUGUGACCAGAGGAAAUGCGAGAAGCUGACGAUGUCCAUCGCCUGCAACAUCCUCAGUGCCCCCUUCCACGAGCCGGUCAGUCCACUGGCGCGCCAUUACUACCAGAUAAUCAGGAAACCCAUGGACCUGUCAGUGAUCAGGAGUAAGCUGAAUAAGAGGAACCCGCUGCACUACUGCACACCAGAGGAGUUUGUGGCCGAUGUCUUCCUGAUGUUCCGCAAUUGCGGCAAGUUCAAUUAUCCAGACUCCGAGGUGGCCCACGCUGGCCGCAGUCUAGAGGCCUUCUUCAGCGCCAAGCUGCAGGACGUCUUUCCCGAUAGGGUCUUUCCCGUGCUGGAGGACGACUCGGACAGUGAGGACUAUGAUGAGGCCUACCGGGCCGGCGUGGCCGGCUUCCUGUGGCCAGAGAGGAAGGAGCAGAGCCACCGAAAGAGGAAGAGGAGGCACUCGGCCCACUGGAGGAGACAGCACCUUUAACAGGGGUCAUGUGACCAGCCCUCUGCCAGUCCAUGUGACUACAUGAUCUUCCUCAACAAGCUAUUGCAAUAUUUCAGGCGUAUUUAUUAAGAGACGAAUUACUCAGUUUCCUUUAUCAAUAUCACUCUUAGAAAGCUGACCUUACAUCUGUCCUAGAAUAUAGUCUCAUAUCAUGUUACUUCAGGUCUCUCUCUCUCUCUCUCUCUCUCUCU